UUAUAAGCCUGAAUUGAGCACUCAAGUGUGCAAAUGUAUGUAAUUUCAAUAAGUAAACAAAUAUUAUUUUGAUUCGUUUUAAAUCAUGAAUAUAAUAAAUUCAUUGUUGGCUCUUGAAAACUAUAGAAUUAAGUUUUUAACUGGAGAAGGGGAUUAUGAAGGCACUAUAUCACGAAUUGUUCCCGAAAUUCAGCUCAUAGUUAUAACCAAUGCUGUUUGGUUACCCAAGUAUAGAAAACUGGGUACCUUGACUUUUAGAGCUAAGGAAAUAAUAUCUUUCGACGUGAUCGGUAGAUCAGAAUCUUCAAAUAUUUCAGAAUCUUUAACUAACAACUAUAGAGGCUUCUACGAACGAAACGACCUAAGACCAACUAUUUUCGAUGAUGAAUCCGACGAAACUUCCUCUAUUAAUGAAUCUGAACUAUGCUCAGAAUUAGAUUCCGAGGAAAGAGUAUACACGUUUGAUUUACCCCCAUCUUUAUGUAAAAUCUUGCCAUUAGACAAUGUCGUUAUAAACGAAUUUGAUGAGAACUUUGACUACUGUAUACAACAUUUCCGCCAACAAGAUGUAAUAGGAAUUUCUUUGGAAAGUCCUAAGAUAAGACGGAAUGAAACUUUGCAUUGGCUAUGCAUAGCCACUUCUUGCUGUACUUUUUUAAUUGAUAUUUUCACUCUUGGCGAAUAUGCUUUUACUAAAGGAAUUAAGGAUAUUCUGGAGGAUCCUAAGAUAGAGAAAGUGGUUCACGAUUCUCGAGAAGUCUCUGAUUGCUUGUUUCAUUGUUACAAUACUAAAUUGGUUAAUGUUUUUGAUACUCAAGUAGCUGACUAUAUAAUAAAUCGACAAAAGACUGAAGAUGGAAAGAUUAUCCCUUAUGUGCAGCCAUUAAAUUCUUGUUUAUCUCAUUAUCUCAAUGUGCCAGAAGAAUUUUUAUUCCGUCGCAAAAAACGAUGUUACCAAGAUGAUUUAGUAUUUUAUGAAUUACGACCUCUCAGGGAAGAUUUAAGAAAUUUGUUCACAAAAAAUGUUAUUUAUUUAAGACUCUUAAAGCAAGAAUUGGAUAUUUUGCUUUUGGAGCCCUUGGACAAAUGUGUUGAUAUUUAUAUGAAAUCUAAGCGUUGUAAAACAGAUAGUGAACUUAAACUUGAGAGGUUUGUACACAAUGUGGUGCCUGAUGAAUUGCUAUUUGAAGAAAUUAAACUUUUUCGUUUUGAAGAUCAUGUAGACAUUCCAGCUACUGUAAGUUCAGGUCCUCCAUUUAGAGAAUUUCAGGAUUCUUUUAAAGACUACUGCAAAAUAAACAAAAAAGAGAUUUCUAUAAAAAUUGACAAGUAGUGCAAAUAAAUGUCUCCUGUAGUGAUGCAAGCAGAGUUGUAGUGAUUUAAGUCAGUUGACUAAAGUUGUCAAUUUAAAUCGACCACUUUUAUUUGGAAAAAUUUUUUGAAAGGAUUGUAUAUAUAGAGAAAAAAAUCAAACAUAUUUUUUUAUUCAUGAUUUUACUUAUGAAACUAUCAUUUUAAAGUAAGUCAGCUUGUACUUGAAUAUCUAAGAUAUUUUCAUGCUUCAUAAUGUUAAUCAAUGAGAUUUCUACAGAAGCUGUUGAUGUGGGUUGUAGUAAACUUAACAGUAACUUGUUUUCCAUACGUGAUUUUUGAAACAUGUGUGUAUAGAUUGCCUUGUGUGAUUUUUAAAUAAUCCGAUUACCCCAUAUGUGAUUUUUAAAUUGCAAGAAGAAUAAAAUUGUAAGCAUUUUAAAAUAAGUGAAUAUGAAUUAUGAUAUGUGUGUUUUAAGUCAUGUAAAUAAGAAUAGGUUAGGGUGUGUGUCAAAAACUUGCAAGUGUUCACUGAAAUUACAAAAAAUAUGCACAUGUAUUGUAUUAUUUUGAUGCAAAAGGGUCACAGGUUAAUAAAAACUUACACAUCCCAGUUUUUUAUUCUUUCUGGGAGUGUGUCUAUUUCGCUUGGAUAGCUAUGAUUUUUCUGAAAGUAGGGUGAUUUCACAGUAUUGUGCAUGCUGCGAACAUGACAUUUACAAAGUUUGAUUGCUCAUAAUUAAAUAAAAAAAAAUUUUAUGUGACUGGUUAUUAGCAUUAUAAAAUCAGGAAUCUUUUAACCCUCACGUGACCCAAGCUGUAAAAGCUUUUGGCGAGUGACCAAACUUGUAUGAGGUCUCGCAUUAUCUUGGUGGAACACUAUACCUUUUCUGUUGAUUAAUUCUGGCCUUUUCUGUUGAAGUGCAUCAUUCAGUUUGUCCAGCUGACGACAGUUGACUUAGAGUUAAUUGUUGUGUUAUCCGGUAAAAGCUCAAAAAAGAAGAAUAGUAAUUCCUUUAAAAUCCCUUCUAACAGACAACAUAACCUUUUUUUAUAGAUAUUGGCUUUCAAAAUGCUCUGAGCCGGUUCAUCACCUUUGCUCCAUGAUCUCUUGCAUUUGACAUUGUUUUAGACAACCCAAUUUUCAUCCCCAUUAAUGAUGCGCUUCAAAAAUGGAUCAUUUUCGUGACGUUUGAGAAGCGAAUCAUAGACGGCAACGCGACGUCACAAAUUUCUCUCCGUAAGAACAUGGGGAACCCAUAUAUCGAGUUUUGAGGUAAGACACAGGGCUUUCAAGUGGUCAUAAACAGGUAAAUUCAAUAAAUUUAACCUCUCACCAAUCUCACUCGUUGUUAUUCACCAAUUUGCAUCAACUAAUGCCUUUAUCAUAUCUUCAUCAGCUUCAGCCGUCUUUCCAGAACGUGGUGCAUCUUCGACAUCAAAAUUGCCGAAUUGAAAUUUUGCAAACCAUUUCUUGCACUGGCGUACUGUCAACACAUCUUCUCCAUACGUAUUGGUUAAUUUCUUUCUGGCAUGAACAGCAUUUUUACCUUUUCUGUAGUAAAAAAGUAAAAUAUGACUAAAAUGCUGCUUAUUUCUCUCCAUAUUUAGAAGGGCACCAACCAAAAACUACUGCAUAGAAUUAAUUCUUUUCACACACAAGCCUUACUUUUUUACACACAAGCCUUGCUAUAUCAGCUCUCAAAACAUAUAAUGAUAAUGCGGCUUAAGUGUAAAGUUAGGUCAGAAAAAAUACAAUUAAAUCCUCUGUUGGAAAAACGAAAUUACUUUCCGAACAACCCGAUAUAAGAAAUUGGAUGGCCAACCUUUUCAGGGAAGAAUGCUACUGACUAAAAGAAAAUUAUGCAAGCCUCUUCCAACAUUCUAAAAAAUAUACAAAUGUCAGUUUUAAAACUAUAAUGGGAUUUAUGUAUUUAAAUAAUUCUUUUUUUAUUCAAGUUUAAGUAGAAGAAAUAUGAUUAAAACAAAAAUACAAAUUUAGGUUUUGUUGUUAGUAAACAUUUUAAAAAUUUAGUCAGUAUGUUAUGCAUAAAUAGUUGAAUAAGUAAAUUAUUUAAUUCAAAACUGUUACUAAACAGUUAGUGAUUAAUAAUUUUUUUUUAUUUAUUAAUUUUAUUUUUUUAACAAGUUAUCUAUAUUAGUAGUUCUUGAAGUUUCUAACAAAAUUAGAUGUUUAUUGAAUUUAUUAUGUCUGUAAAAGUUUGUUCACAUUUUUGUUGUGUUAAUUAAAGCAUUCAAUUGUAUAUGUUUGCCAAAUUUUGUAAACAUGAAGAAUUAUUUGUUGAUGCAAAUUUUGAAAAUUCAAUUUCAAGUGGGAUUUUUAUAGUUUAUUUUGUAAUUUUUCAAUAAGUUUUCAAGUGUCACUGCUAUGACUCAUUGAGGAUAUAAUUAUUGAGUAUGUCAACCUUCAAUUAUCAAAAGGUACCUCAAUAUAGAAUUAAGUUUACAUGUCUUAUAUACUAGUGAAACGAUACUUAAUAUUUUUACUGGUAGUUAUGGUUGACGAGCCGUGUUCUAGAACGAAAAUAAAGACAUAUUUUCACAGAUCUUAACUUAAUAUGUACAAAUGAAUAAUAAAAGAAAUUUGAGAUAUGAAUAAUUCUAAGCAAUUUAAAAGCUUACUAAUUCAGGUUCAUUAAAGUUAAUUAACAUGUCAUUUAGCAAAAAAUAACACUUACAAAAUGCAAUUUAACGCAACAAGUUAAAUAAUAAAAAAUCAGCAAUUUAUUACUACAUUUAAAACAAUAAAAUUCGGCUCAAACAUAUGAAUAAUGAUCAUUUUAGUGUAAAAUGUGUGUCUGUGAAUUAUUUGAACAUUUCAGCAAAAAUUAAUUAAAAACAAGAAUUCUAAUUUGCAAAAUGUUAUAGGACUAACAGAUACUUGUUUUUUAUUACAAACAUGGGCAGAAUAAAAAUAGCUGUUUUUGAACUAAACUAUUCUAUAAGGCAGCUGACUUCUGGAAGAAAGUGUAAUGAUCUCUCUACCCUUCAAUUCUACUCUAACAAUUAUAUAUUGAUAUUAACUAAGUUUUAGGCGUGGUAUGUCCAAGACAUGGUUCUUAUGCUGAAGAUUUGCAUCAAUCAGUAUUUUUUUAAAAAUAUUUCUGCAAUUUAAUUCUUCGUCAAUUUUUAUUUUAUUUUUUACAGUUAAUUAACCUAAUUCUGUCCAAGUACCUGUAAAAAAAUGUUUUAAACAAGCAUUUUACUACAGUUUGCUUAAUGUUGACCCACAUGGAGACUAAGUUAGGUUUUUGAUGUUUUAUGUGUAUUACCAAAAAUAGUCUUUGGUUUAUUUUAUUGCUAAUUUUUAUUGUAUUGCUUAUAUUAUUUUUAUUAAUUGAUAUUACUUUUGAAAACAUUUUUAACAACUUCUAAUUCAUUGGAAACAUUUCUCACUGAAAUCAAAUAUAUAUCUUGUGUUUUUGCAACUGUUCUGUAUACUGAACCUGAUAAGGCAGGGGCAGUUGCACCUGGCCCCCACAUUAGAAUUUCCCCCAAAUCGAAUAAAAAAAGUUUUAUUUUA